AUGCCGCUGCUCAGUCUAGCCCUUCUCAAUCAACACAAUGACGAUUCUGCUGUUCGUGUUAGGCUGCUUCGUUUAUGGCGGACAAUGAGACCUGACGGGAUCACAAUUCAACAAUUUCAUAUGCUGUUUGUCGAUAACCAGGGAACGGAGAUUGAAGGGUUGAUUGAUACGGAUGAGAUACCAUUGUUUGAUCCCUUUCUACUGAAUGAGGGAAAGAUUUACAGAAUCACUAACUUUCAUGAGACUUUUGUUGAAGAGCUUCCUAAUGGACAUGACAUACCUGCCUACAAUUUCCGAUUUUUGGAUGCUUCUGAUCUUCCUAAUGCAGUUCACAAUCAUGCCUACAUGUCUGAUAUAAUUGGAGUGUUGGUUCUUGCGGACCCUGAAGAAGCCUUAUUUGAAGAUGUUGCUCUAUUGAGGCGGAAGAGUGUUCUACUUAGGAUGAUGCAAGGUCCUAUUGUGGAAAUAGUGUUAUGGGAUGAAUUAAUUGACCACUUUGAUGAUGCGAUUCCGAAUGAUCCAACCCCAGGAGCUGUUGUGGUUUUUACUUCUGUUGUUGUGCACCAUUUCAAUGGCCAACCAUAUUGUGUGGCCUCAAAUGCAACAAAGACUUAUUGGAACUUGCACUAUCCGAUUGCACACCCUCUGCUUCAUAAUUUGGCAAAUGCAAAUCUGGCCAUUGAUUAUACCUUUGAUGAUGCUUUAUGGGUGAGCACACCCUGCUCAAUCCCAGAACUGAACCUCUACAAGAAUGAUAUCAAUAAUCAGGGAAGACUUUACAUUUGUGGUAGACAAGUACAGAAUGUUGAUGUUUUCUGGUCAACUGAGAAAUUGAAGUACAUCGUGCGUAUGAUUGUUGCUAAUGGUGUUGAUGAAGUUAGGUUUAUCUUCACAACUGGGAAAUUCCGUUGGAUAGCAAGUCGUAUCAUUGAGGAGAGUGAGAAGGAGUGGUCCAACAAUUUCAGGAACCUCUUAGCUUAUCUAAGGGGCAAUUCCUUUAAGUUCAUGGUUGAAGUUGGCGACUUUAACCCCGUGACUAAUGAUUUCAAUUUAGUCCUCCGUAAGUUAUUCAAGUAG